UGGUCGCCCAGUUCCGCGACUAUCAUGCCGAAACGUUCUCAGGGCAGGGAGAUCCUCGCGUAGUUGAUGAGUGGAUUCAGGUCCUGGAGUUUAUCUUCGAGGUCAUGGAGUGCCCUGAGAGAUAUCGCGUGGUUUGCGCACAGCUUCAGUUCACCGGUGAUGCCAGGCUCUGGUGGAACGCUUACUGGGUCAUGCGUCCCGGUGAGAAGGCGGGAUGUACGUGGGAGAUGCUCAAGGAGUUAAUCCGUGAGAAGUACUAUCCCACAUACUACCGAGCAGAGAUGGAGCGUCAGUUUCUAUCGCUCCAGCAGGGUAUCGUACUGUUGACGAGUACGAGAGGGAGUUCACGAGACUUGCAGCUUUC